UGCUUUUACUCAUUUUAAUUUAAGAAUUGCAUUUAUUUUUAUUUUUUUAGUGAUUUAAUUAAUUUAUUUGCUUAAUUAUAAAAAAUUAUAUAGUAUUUCUAACUAGAAAUCCUGUCUUUUUUCAGACCUUGGGUUUUGGUUCUGGUGCAUCUUUAUACUCAUCUAUCAUAACAAGUGCAGGCCUUGUUCUUGGUGCUUUAAUGUCGAUGUGGCUCGUUGAUAGAUUUGGUAGAAGAGCAUUCUUUCUUGAAGCUAGCUUUGAAAUGUUCUGCUAUAUGGUUGCAACAGGUAUAACCUUGGCCCUGAAGUUUGGACAAGGAAAAGCCCUCCCUAAAGAAAUUGGCCUCUUCCUGGUGAUUAUCCUCUGCUUGUUUGUAUUGGCUUAUGGAAGGUCUUGGGGUCCUCUAGGUUGGCUAGUUCCAAGUGAACUCUUUCCUUUGGAGACAAGGUCUGCUGGACAGAGCAUAGUGGUCUGUGUCAACAUGAUCUUCACAGCUUUGAUAGCACAAUGCUUCCUUGCAUCGCUUUGUCAUCUUCGAUAUUGGAUUUUCUUGCUGUUUGCCGCCUUGGUGUUCUUCAUGGGUGUUUUUAUCUACCUUCUCUUGCCUGAAACAAAGCAAGUGCCUAUAGAGGAAGUAUAUCUUCUCUUCCAAAACCACUGGUACUGGAAGAAAUAUGUAGGAGAUGAAGCUCCAGGUGAAAAGAGAGAAAAAUCAGAAACACAAGUUUAAAAGUACCAUAGAUAGUUUCCGCACACUUUCUAUUCAAUUCUUUCAGGAUUCAAUAGUUCUUGGUUGGGGAUUCUUUUUGGGUGGAUUGGAAGAUAUUCUAUAGUUUUUUUUUUUGGCAAGACAUUACGUUUAAUAAAAUAGUUAAUUGGUUCCUGAGAUUCAAACUCAAUACUUUUCAGCCCUGAAGACGACUCCAAUACAGUUGAGCUCUGCCCAAUAGGCAGACUCCAUUGAUUUCUUUGUUUAUCUGUUUAGAAUUAUUUUGUCACCCUUUAUAGGAAUAUCAUAGGUUUAGCCAUUAAGUUCAU